UCGUAAUAUCCAAGCGAUUCCUUUUCUUUUAUUUAAAUAACAUUAAAUAAAGAGAACAAGUUAUGCUUUCCAUCUCACUCUUCAUUUUGGAGAAUGAGCCGUCAUUCAACCUCUCAAGUCUCACAUCCAUUUCUCUACAGUGAGAAACGACAAAAAAUGGCCGCCCAUGCAAUCAGACGUUAGAUAUAAUAGCCAUUGCACUGCCACGCGUUGAAAAUUCAUUGGCCGUUCAAUAUGCCUAUUCAUUCUAAAUGAAGACCGUCUCUUGUGCGCUCUUUGUACUUUUCCUUCCUGCCCUUUUCGACAUCGUCUUCUCCCUACAUAUAUAGCCCUCCGCCAUCGAACCCUAAUUCAUUUUAUCCACAAUCAAUCAUCCUUCGCACACAGAGAGACAAAGCAAGAAGAGGGAGAGAGAGAGAGGGGGGAAGAGAUGAGGCAUCCACCGUCGUCUUCGUCGUCAACUUCGCCAAGCAAGCCGACCCCAUGCUGUAGCAAAGUGGGAAUCAAGAGAGGCCCAUGGACGCCUGAGGAAGACGAGAUUCUGGCCAGUUACGUAAAGAAGGAAGGGGAAGGGAGGUGGAGGACUCUGCCGAAGCGGGCGGGGCUUAUGCGCUGUGGCAAGAGCUGCCGCCUCCGGUGGAUGAACUAUCUCCGCCCAUCUGUCAAGAGAGGGCAGAUCGCACCGGAUGAGGAAGAUCUCAUCCUGAGGCUCCACCGAUUGCUUGGUAACAGGUGGUCCCUGAUAGCUGGGAGAAUUCCAGGAAGGACAGACAACGAGAUCAAGAACUACUGGAACACUCAUCUAAGCAAGAAACUCAUCAGCCAAGGAAUCGAUCCGAGGACCCACAAGCCGUUAGAGCUUCUCCCCAACAUGCCAACAUCAGAUCAUCAUGAUGUGGCCCCAGCUUCAAUCUCCCCACAAAACACUAGUGCUUCUGAGUUUCAAGUGACUAAUGGCUAUCACUAUCAAGUCACCACAACUGAUAACACCCAGGACCCUAAGGAAGUGAUGACUAACCUGCAGGAUCCGCGUCAAAACCCUAGGGUUGAUCGUCAGGAUGGUAUCAAUCAGAAUUGGCAGAAUCUUGAUGGGUCAGCGAUGAUGGCUGGAUCUUCGUCACACCAUAGCGAAGCACAGAGCCAUGCUCAAUUCUACAUGGACAACAACAAUGAGGACAUGUUCUCUUCAUUCUUGGAUUCUCUGAUCAACGAGGAUGGGUACACGAAUCAGCAUCAGCGUGCGACUUCUUUCCUUCCUAUGGUUUCUUCUGCUAUGAAUACCUUCAAUAAUCAAGGAGCCAUCUGGGAAGCUGAAUUGAGAGCUGCAAUGGGGCCACUAGCUGAUCAGCAAAAAUGGAACCUAUAAUCACUGCGCGCGAGUCCCAAAGAAAGGAUAUGCAACACGAAUCCGAAUAUCCUUAUUUUAAAGGUAAUUUUGAAGCUGAGAUACCACAAUGACAGGUUGAUCGACAACAGCCGUGCUAAAAGUUUAUGAGUAAUGACUAAAAUUGCAAGACAAAUCUAGUUGAAGAAGUGAUAUACAAUUUGAUAAAUCUUAUUAAGUGCAUAGAUGUGUAGAAGCUUCAUUCAUACUCAUGCAGCUAGAUAUCAUAUAUACAUAUUGCUCCACAGAUAAAUGAAGCACUCGAUCUAUUAAGGCACAGUCUUUUACUUGUAGUAAUAAUAAUUUUAUUACAAGGAAUGUGCAUGCCCUUUUUAGCAUUCUCACAUGUAAUUAAGGGUGUUGAUUUGUUUACUCACUUAAUUGACAUAGAAGACUAUAUGAAG